ACUGAAAACAUGGGAACUAAAGCCAGGAUUUCUGAUAAAGAGAAGCGCUGGGUGAUCUGACCUCCAUAGCAGGUCAUUUUGAAUCUGAAGCUGGAAAAGUCUGUGGGAAAGCUGAACCUGUUAAUUGGUUGGAGGGCUCUCUUUAUCUUCAUUAAGUGCAGGAAUAAAUACGUGUGUUGUGUACUAUUAGUCUUUGCCUGAAAAGUUCAACGUUAGAUAUUACUGCACUGUCGGUGCUAGAAGCACAAGCAUUUUGCUACACCCGCAAUAACAUCUGCUAAUCACGUUUAUGUGACCAAUAACAUUUUAUUUACAUGACUCACCCUUUUUUAAUCAUUUUUAUCUCCCUUUCCUUCCUUUAUCCUCCCCCUCUCUUCCUUUUUCCUCUUCUUCCCCUUCUUCGUCCUCCUCUCUCAAGGUGGCCGGCCCACCAUUCAAGUACAACACGCUGAAUGCCUUCACCAAGCUGCUGGGCGCCCCCACCAACAUCCUUAGGGACUGUGUCCGCAUCAUGAAGCUUGAACUGUUCCCUGACCAGGCCACCCAGUUAAAGUGGAAUGUCCAGUUCUGUCUUACCAUCCCCCCCAGCGCCCCUCCCAUCGCACCCCCAGGAACCAUCGCUGUGGUGCUCAAGUCCAAAAUGCUCUUCUUCCUCCAGCUGACCCAGAGGCUGCCGCUGCCCCAGGAGCCGGUCAACAUCAUUGUUCCCAUCGUAUACGACAUGGCCACGGGCUUGACCCAGCAGGCUGACAUCCCCAGACAACACUCCUCCUCUGGGGCAGCAGCACUUAUGGUCUCCAACAUCCUCAAGAGGUUCAGCGAGCUGCACCCAGCACGACAGGGUGAGUGCACUAUCUUUGCCUCAGUUCACGAGCUCAUGGCCAACCUCAACCUGACCCCUGGUGGUCGUCAGUAGCAACCCCACCUCCCUAGUCGGAAAUGGAACCAGAACGGGAACACAACUGAAUAUGGUUCUAUUCUGGAACAGGGAAAGGUUCCUUUCUGGAGUCUAAUGAACUGGAGAUGACGUGCGCCCGCUGGAUUUCCUAAUGCAACAUAUAUCCUCUCUGCCUCAGCCAACCGACCUAAAACUGAUGUACAGUUAGUUUUUCUGUCAAAAAAGGGAGCAGAAUUAUGCAGAACAUCACACAGUUUUUAGUCUUGAUAAAGAACACAUUCAUGACCCAAAUAAAGGAGUGUUUAUCUUGAAAAAGAGAAGUAUUCGUUGUCAGAAGAAAUUCAAAAAUAUGUAUUUUUUUCCUCCAGAUGCACUUCUUAUCAAAGGAUUCACAAAUUAAGAAUAUGGGUGUUUACCUAAAGAUGCACAUUGUUGUAAAUUUCAGCAUUAUAAAGAAUAGUAAUGACUUUUGCUGGAGCAUGAAUUCACAUUCGUUCCUUUUUAUAAUGGAAGAUAUCAAUACUGUUGUGGUACUGGGGCUGAAUUGUAUCUUAGUACACUAUUUAAAUGUAUUUUUCCCUUUUAUGAUGUCAAACCUAGUCCCUUCCGAGUUCAAACGGGUCACUUUGAACACUGUAAAACUGUGACAAACUUUAUAAGCCAGCUGUAUUGUAUGACUGCUUUUGAGUCCUGAAUGAAGAUCCAGUCUAUCUUUGAUUACUAUUUAAUAAACCAAUUUUAAAAAUAA